AUUAUUUUCUCGUGAAGUUAGGCGUAUUUUUUAAUGUUUAUCCAAUAAUUUGAAGUUCACCUAUUUAUUUUGAAUUUUCGUGGCGGUAGUAAUUAUAAACAAAUAAAACAAUUUUUGUAAAAUAUAAAGUUAAAUAUUAAAGAGUAGUACAGAAAUGGCAGCUUAUAGAAACAUAAAAAUGGAAAAUGGUUUGCAUGAAGAUGAAUAUACUGAUGAUAUGUCAGCGAACAACUUGACAGAACAUGUUGAAUAUAUUGAAUAUGAAGAUAAUAUUGGCACUGGUUAUGAACAUGAAUCAUUGAUUGAAUAUGUUGAAGAAGAUGAUGUACAAAGUGGUGAUUAUUUCGAAAACGAAACUCUGGAGGAGCAUGUGAAAACACACACUUUAUCAAUAAGGCACUUGCAUUUCGAUGGUCAAUCUCAGGAAAUAUAUCGCUGCUUAGAGUGUGCCAUAGAUUUUGUUACUCUCGAGGACUUCACAAAAGUACAUCAAGAAAUGCAGAAAAAAUUAUCUAAUAAAGCUUCAACAAAUAUUAGUACUAAGGAUACAUUUCAAAAUGAACAAGUCAAGGAAGAGCAAAUUAUUCAAAACUCAAACAGCAGUUGGCUGAUUAUAAAAGAAGAGCAGAUUAUUGUAGAUGAAAAUGAAACUAAAGAUUUGGAUGAUUACUUAGAAACGAGUGAGGAUAUCAUUGAACAUACGAAUUUUGACAAGGAAGAUAACGAUAUCGCCACCGAUACCAUUUUACAUGUUAAAGAAGAAAAGCAAUCCAUCACCGAUGAAGAAGAUGAUGGGGAGAAAUAUUUUUGUUGUGAUUGCCAACUGGUAUUUAGUGAUUUAGAAAAAGCGGAGCAACAUGUUUGUACCGCCAUAAAUACUAGCACAGUCAAACAGGAAGAUGCGGAUAAAGUUGUAGAGCAAGAAGAAUAUGACAAUGAUAUACGGUUAUAUCUUGAAGAGCAGAAGCAAACAUUGGACACAUCGAAAAAAAGCCAAAGCAAGGAAGUACAAUAUCAUUGUGCCGAAUGUGAUAAGACAUUUAAUUCUCUGCAAGGCUUACAAAUACAUAACCGCAUUCACAAAACAAAAGAGAUUAAAACACAAAGUGAUUCGUUUAGUGUAGUAGAAUUGAAAAAACCAACAUGUCCAAUUUGCAAUACUAAUUUCAGUUCAUACAAAAAUCUUAAGUUACACAUGAAAAUUCAUGAUGCACAGCAAUUGAGAACAAUAGAGCAAGCAUUGCCGGCUGGUGCCAAAACGCAAUAUAAGGAUAUGAAUAAAUUCUUCUGCGAGAUAUGCAAUAAGAGUUUUGAACAGAAUCUACUUGGUAUACAUAAGAACAUGCAUCAACAAUCCACGGAGUUUAAUUGCGGUAUCUGCAAUCGUCACUUUGAAAAUAAAACAAGCUUUGACAUGCAUAUGCAAAUGCAUGCUGACAAACCCGCGAAACCACGUAAACAACAAAUAAAGCAAACGGACAGUAGUGGUCGGUUUGCUUGUCAAUACUGUGGUCGAACGUUUCAGCGGCCGUAUGAAAAAGUGCGCCAUGAGCGUGUACACACUGGUGAAAAACCACAUGCUUGCGAAGUGUGCGGCAAAACUUUUCGCGUUUCAUAUUCGCUGAUACUACACCUGCGCACGCACACCGAUAUACGACCAUACGUAUGCGCCACUUGCAAUAAACGUUUCAAGUCGCAGCCUGUCUAUGCUCAUCAUCUACGCACUCACGAUGCGGAACGUGCAUACACAUGUGAAAUUUGUUCAAAAUCGUUUCGAACUUCAGUGCAGCUUUCGGCGCAUAGGAAUAUACAUUCGAAACCUUACAAUUGCCCAGUAUGUAAUCGUCCCUUUGCUUCAUUGUAUUCAGUGAAAAUACACAUGAAAACACACAAUAAACUUAACCGUUCCGGUGAUAGUACCAAAUACAGUUGCUAUGUUUGUGGUGCGGAAUAUGCGCGAGUUUCUGCAUUACGAAUACAUAUGAAGGAUUUACAUCUUAUCGAUUUUGAUACGAACCGUUCUUUGGAUUUAGAUGAUAUAAUAUCGGCAGAGGAUCAAAACUCACAAUCUCAGCACAACACAGAUGGCAACGAAGAUGAGCAAGAAUUUGAUAAUGAGGCUGCCGUUUUGAUAGCAGCGGCCGCAGAAGCCGAUUGCGCAGCCUAUAUAGAAGCUGCGACAGCGCAUACGUCUGAUCACAUAUCUACAGGACCAGAGAGCAUGACCCUUCACUCACAAGUCAAUCCACCAUACGAAGUUACACUGCAAAAUGAAGAGUUGAUUGUGGACAAUUACCAAACUGAAGAGAUUGUAACCGACUGGUUAUCAAAAUAAUUUUUCUAAAGAGCAUAGUAAGCAUUAAAUA